AUGUUGGACGCCUUUGAGAUCCUCACCACUUCGGGCGUGGUUCUGUGGUCCAGAUCCACCUCUACCAUUGCUGCCACGGCCGUCAACAGUCUGAUCAACGAUGUCUUUAUCGAAGAAAAGGUCCGCCCGGUCCUCUCAAAUUCCGCCCACCCCACCUACAAGCAUGAGAGAUACACCUUAAAAUACGCACUCGUCAAAGACCUGGGCCUGAUCUUCGUUGCUGUCUAUCAAUCUCUUCUCCAACUCACCUGGGUCGACAAACUACUCGACGAUGUUCGCACCAUAUUUGUCGAGGUCUAUAGAGGCCAACUCGAGGAACUGGACUAUACCGCUCUGAAGUACCCCUUCGACAAGUACUACGACGAAGAAAUGCGCCGGCUGGAUCAGUCUGCUGGUGGCCCCGUCUCCACUCAAACCCCACGAGUUCAGGUUCAAGAGGAGAAGAAACAGAGUGCUGAAGGUGGUGACACAGGAGGACCUCCCCCGCCAGAGUCACCUCAGCUUCUCAAGGCACAGCCUCGCGCUGUGCCUCCCUUGAACGGUGACUCCACUCUGAGUACACCUGUUCAAUCUCCUGACUCUUCCCGACCCACAACUCCUUUACCUGGCAUUGCUAGCCAUCUCUUGACGGAGAAAGCAAGACCAGGAAGUCGCGGUUCGCGCCGCUCAAGAAAGGCUGCCAAUGCCCCCUCCGCCAACGCAUCGUCUGGCGACGAAGCAAGGCGGCCAAGAACUCCCAAGUCCACCGCCAAAAAAGGACGAGUGUGGGGUCCAGAUGGAAUGGCAGACGAAUCUGACGACACUAAUCUCGACUACUCUGCUAUUGAAGCUGAUGCUAAUGGCGAGUCUGCCGUUCGAUCGCCUGCUCUAGAAGCCAUCAGCCAAGAAAGCUGGGGUACCAAGAACAAGCAAGGACAGUUUGUCCUCAAAGAUCUAGAUGAUGAAGUCACCAACAUUUUGAAAUCCGUAGAUUCUGGCAAGUCUGAGGCUAACGGGGCCCGCAACACGAGAUUUGGAGCCAUCUCCGGCUAUUUUCGGAACAUAGUCGGAGGCAAGACGUUGACCAAGGAAGACCUCGACCAGCCUCUGAAGUCUAUGGAAGAACACCUUAUCAACAAGAACGUCGCUCGCGACGCAGCAACCCGUCUUUGUGAGGGGGUCCAGACGGAAAUGGUUGGCAAAAAGACGGGAGCAUUUGAGUCAAUUGACACAGCCUUAAAACCAGCGCUCGAAAACUCCUUGCGCAAGAUCCUCACCCCCAGAUCCUCCUUAGAUCUUCUACAACAAAUCGAGUCAGUCGCCAAUCCAUCGGGUUCGAAAGCAAAACCACGGCCAUUUGUAAUCACCAUACUUGGUGUAAACGGUGUCGGUAAAUCCACCAACCUCUCGAAACUGUGCUACUUCCUUCUACAAAACAACUAUCGGGUGCUUAUAGCUGCAGGCGACACGUUCCGAUCGGGUGCUGUGGAGCAGCUGAAUGUUCAUGUACGUAAUCUAAGAGAGCUCACAGCUCGAGAGAACUUAGGCGCCGUCAGCAUCUACGAAAGAGGCUACGGGAAAGAUGCUGCAAAUGUUGCCAAAGACGCGGUCGCCUUUGCAGCUGCCAAUGAUUACCAAGUGGUUUUGAUCGACACCGCCGGUCGGGCACACACCAAUACUCAGCUUAUGGCGUCUCUGGAAAAGCUGGUUGACUUUGCGCAGCCCGACUUGAUUUUGCAAGUCGCAGAAGCACUGGUUGGCAAUGAUUCGGUGGGACAGGCGCAGAACUUCACAAAGGCGCUGGGGAAGAACAGAAAGCUGGAUGGAUUUAUCGUAUCAAAGAUCGAUACAGUGGGAUCUGGAAUUGGCACAAUGAUCAGCUUGGUUCAUGCUACUUCGGUCCCCGUACAGUUCAUUGGGGUUGGACAACAUUAUGGAGAUCUCCGGCAGCUAUCUGUUCCAUGGGCUGUCAAUAUGUUGAUGAGCUAG